AUGGAAACCCUCGGCAAGCGGAAGCGCGGCGGCGACGCCUGCUCGUCGGGCGGCGGCGAUGACGCCUUCUCGUCGGGCGGCGGCGACCGGCUGAGCGCCCUGCCGGACCACCUCCUCCACGAGAUCAUGUCCCGCAUGAAGGCCCGGCAGAUGGUGCAGACGUGCGCGCUGUCUCGGCGGUGGAGGCACCUCUGGCCCAAAGUCCCGUGCCUCGACAUCGACCGGCGCGAGUUCUUCGACACCGACCAGGAGAAGUUCGACGACUUCAUCUACUUCCUGCUGCGCAAGGUCUCCGUCGCCCACCUGGACGCGUUCCGGCUGCACGACGCUAUUACCAGCAACGCGUCGGCGUGGAUCCGCCGCGCCAUCAUGGACAGCGCCCAGGCGCCGCCACCUGCGAGCGAGGGGCCGACGAGCUCCGGCUCCUGGCGGAUCAGAAGGCUGCACCUCUCCGGCCUGCGCCUGGAUGGGCCCUUCGCCGAGCACGUCAGGUCACGGUGCCCGUCCCUGGAGGAUCUGGAGCUGAGGACCUGCACGUGUCGGUUCCGCGCGAUCGCCUCCGGCUCGCUGGAGAGCCUGGCCCUGGUGCGGUGCGAGGGGUUGGGCCCAGGAUUCUCCGAGAUCUCGUCGCCCACGCUCAAGAGCUUGGUUGUCGACGGCGGCUCGAGCGACGUCGCCUCUCCGUUCGUCGUCAGGGCCCCGGCUCUUGCUCGUCUGUUCCUGGUCGUGUCCCCUUACAACUUUCCUGCCGGCGUUUCCUUCGGUGACGAGAUGCCAUCCCUUGCCAGGGCGUCGAUUCAUCUCAAGGAACGCGAAACACUAGCAAAGCGUGCGCACCUCAGAAGCCAUCUGUUCAAGAUUCUUGGCAGCGUGUCGAACGUGACUAGUCUGGAGCUUAAUGGCUUCAACGUGACGGUGAAAGCAGGUGAAGAAUCCACGGAAUUCCCAGAAUUCAGCAACCUGACGACCCUAGAAUUGGACCAAUGUGGUCUUGGCCAUGAUCACCAUGUAUCAGGGCACAUUCUUCGGAAUUCGCCCAACUUGGAGAAGCUCACUUUAACUUUGUCGAAGUCGUGUUCGAUGGUGCCUGUUGGGGAACCACCUUCAUAUCCAGAAUUCAAGAACAUGAGAGCCUUGACACUGCACAACUAUGAUGCCAAUGAGGAUUUCAAGACAUUGGGACGCUUUCUUCAGAGUUCGCCUAUAUUGGAAAAGCUUACUUUGCAAUGUUGCAAGUUCUCAAAAGAUACAAGGAAAAAGAAAGGAAUCUCAAAGAUGAAGAACAUCGACGACCCAACAAAUCUCAUGGACGUCCGGUGCGAGAGCCUCAAGCUUACUAAAAUCAUAUACAAAGAUGACGAUGUUGUCCAACUUGUUGGGUUUAAAGUUUAG